AUGUGGCUUUUUCUUGGGAUCACCUUUUCUCUGGGGAUGCUAAUUCCUGGAAAUCUUAGCUUUAAAUUGCAAUAUAAUGGGGAUCAGGUUUUGCAUAUUGUGCCAGAAACACUUCAGCAAGUCCAGCAUCUUCAGCAUCUUUGCAACACUCUACUGCUGGAUUUGUGGAAGCCCCUGCUGCCUGAAGACAUUUUGGCUGGAGAAGACCUACACAUAAGGGUCCCAGCCCCUCUGCUGCAGGAGGUGAAAGACAGCUUAGAUCAGCACAUGAUCUCUUACAAAGUCCUAAUACCUGAUGUACAGGAUCUGGUGGAUCAGAGCAUGCCAAGGGAGACAAGCAGCCACAGGCAGGUCCCAGAAGGUUAUGUCUACACCCAGUAUCACCCAAUGGAAGAGAUUUAUCAAUGGAUGAUUCAGAUUGAGAAGAACAACAGUGAGCUGGUGACUCGGCACUACCUGGGGAAGACAAUUGAGAAUCGUGCAAUUUAUUAUCUGCAGAUCAGUCAAUCACCAAAUAAACCCAAAAAGAUCAUUUGGAUGGACUGUGGGAUUCAUGCCAGAGAAUGGAUAUCUCCAGCCUUCUGCCAGUGGUUUGUGAAAGAAAUUCUUCAAAAUUACAAAUCUGACCCAAAGAUAAGCAGGUUUCUGGAGAAUUGGAACAUCUAUGUCUUGCCAGUCUUCAAUAUUGAUGGUUACAUCUAUUCCUGGAAAAAAGAUCGUUUGUGGAGGAAAAACCGUGCUCCAUAUAAGAAUGGCACCUGCCAUGGGACAGAUUUGAACAGAAACUUCAAUUCCUCAUGGGGCAGUGUUGGUGUUUCUUAUAACUGCAGCAGUGAAAUCUUCUGUGGAUCUGGACCAGAAUCAGAGCCUGAGACGAGAGCUCUGGUUCAAUUUAUCAAAUGGAGGACAAGGGACAUUUUGUGCUAUUUAACAAUGCACUCCUAUGGACAGUACAUCCUCACUCCUUAUGGUUCCACAACUGAACCUCCAAGUAACAGUGAAGAACUGAUACAUGUUGCAGAGAAAGCGGCUGCUGCCCUGAUGGGAAAAUAUGGGACCAGAUAUGAAGUAGGAUCAACCUCUUUAAUUUUAUACAGUAACUCAGGCUCCUCACGGGACUGGGCUCACAUGAUUGGCAUUCCUUUCUCCUACACAUUUGAACUACGAGACAAAGGUACUUAUGGAUUUGUUCUACCCCCUGAACAGAUCCAACCCACAUGUGAGGAGACUAUGUUGGCUGUCACAACUAUCAUGGACUACAUUGACCAGAAGUACUUCCCAGAUAGGGCUGUGAUGCUGACCUCUGGCAGUUUGAGCAUGAGCCUUUGCCUUGGUGUUGUGCUUGCAUGGAGUGUUUCUUAA